GCGUUUCCUAAAAAUUGCUGAAAGACGAAACAUUACGGUCUUGGCGUUUCAUCAUUGAAAAUGGCAGAUAGCAGUGGAACCGGUGAAAAAUUGAGUAAAAAUGAACUUAAAAGAAGACAAAAGGAAGCUGAAAAGCAGAAAAAGAAAGAAGCUAAAUUAGCUGCCGCUGCUGCCGUUGCUGGAUCUUCUGAAAAUAAAACUAGUAAUAAACACAGUGAUGCGGCUUUAGAGGAAUUGGAUGCAAAUGAAUACUAUAGGUUCAGACAUACUCAAAUCAAGCAAAUAAAGGAAUCAGGAGGAAAUCCUUAUCCACACAAAUUCAAUGUAACUUUAUCAUUGGACGCUUUUAUUGAAAAGUAUAAUGAAAUUGAAAAAGGCACUCAAAUGGAAGGAGAGGAAGUUUCCGUUGCAGGAAGAAUUCAAGAGAAAAGAAAAUCGGGACAGCACUUGCUAUUCUACGAUUUGAGGGGCGAGGGUGUUAAAAUUCAAAUUAUGGCAAACGCUAAAAAAUACGGAAUUCCUGAUAAAUUUGACGAUGACAAUAUGGUAAUAAAGAGAGGAGAUAUUGUUGGAGUAGUUGGGUAUCCUGGUAAAACAAAGACUGGAGAACUAAGUAUCAUUCCAAAAGAAAUAAAGUUAUUGUCACCCUGCUUUUAUCAACUUCCAAAGCUACAUUUUGGUUUAAGAGAUAAGGAAACUCGUUUUCGACAGAGAUACCUUGAUUUGAUGAUGAAUAAUGAUGUUAGACAAACAUUCAUCAAUCGAUCAAAAAUUGUAUCAUACAUUAGAAAAUUUUUGGAUGAUCAAGGCUUUCUUGAAGUAGAAACACCUCUAAUGAAUAUGAUUCCAGGAGGUGCCACCGCCAAGCCAUUUGUUACUCAUCAUAAUGAUCUAAAUAUGGACCUAUAUAUGAGAAUAGCUCCAGAAUUAUAUCACAAAAUGUUGGUUGUCGGUGGUAUGGAUCGCGUUUAUGAAAUUGGAAGGCAGUUUAGAAAUGAAAGCAUAGACAUGACUCAUAAUCCAGAAUUCACCACAUGUGAAUUCUAUAUGGCUUAUGCUGACUAUAAUGAUUUGUUGGAUAUAACAGAAAAAAUGGUCUCGGGUCUAGUUAAAUAUAUAACAGGCGGUUAUAAAGUUAAAUUCCAUCCUGAAGGCCCUGAAGGACCAGAAUGGGAUAUCGACUUUACUCCACCAUUUAGGCGAAUUGAUAUGAUCAAAGAUUUGGAAAAAAUUCUUGGUGUCAAGUUGCCUUCACCAGAAGAAUUAAACGUUCCAGGAAUAUCAAAUGCAACCAAAGUUCUCGAUAAGUUAUGCGUAGAAAAGGGAGUAGAAUGCUCACCUCCGAGGACAACAGCUCGUUUAUUAGAUAAAUUGGUAGGAGAAUAUCUUGAGGAGACGUGCAUAAAUCCAUGUUUUAUAAUGAAUCAUCCUCAAGUUAUGAGUCCAUUAGCCAAAUGGCAUAGGAACGUAAAGGGUUUAACGGAGAGAUUUGAAUUAUUUGUCUGCAAGAAAGAAAUAUGCAAUGCAUAUACAGAAUUGAACGAUCCUGUAAUUCAAAGAGAGAGAUUUGCUUCACAAGCAAACGAUAAGGCAGCUGGUGAUGAAGAAGCCAUGUUUAUUGAUGAGAAUUUUUGUACAGCAUUGGACUAUGGUCUGCCUCCAACUGGAGGAUGGGGUAUGGGAAUCGAUAGAUUGACCAUGUUUUUAACAAAUCAUUACAACAUUAAGGAAGUGUUAUUCUUUCCCGCAAUGAAACCCGAAGAUUCUCAAAAGAGUACAACUGAAACCACAGUGACUAAGGAAGAUAAAUUAACCUUAAAAUUUGAAGUUAUAGAAGGUGGAUUCUUUGACGUCGACAUAGCUAUAUUUCUUGCAGACGGAAGUGAAUUAUGGAAUAAAAAAGGUCAAACAAACGGUCUAUAUUCAUUCAAUGCAUUAUAUGAUGGAAAAUUAAAGUAUUGCUUUUCAAACAAAGAAGUUUCUAAUAUACCUAAAAUCAUUCAAUUUCAUAUAAAUCAUUAUAAAUCAUUGGACGAGAAGAUGACUGAGAUUAAUUUUGGUGAAAAAUUACCUAAAUUGAUAUUAGAAUGUGAAAGACAACUCACGGAAGUUUGGAGAGAACAAGAAUAUAUGGAAGUUAGACAAAGAGUUCAUCAGUCAAUUAAUGAAAAUACAAAAUUUCGAGUUCUUGUAUGGUCAAUUUUCGAAUAUUUCAUUUUACUUAUCACAACAAUACUUCAUAUUCUUUAUAUAAAACGUUAUUUUGAAAUAAAGAGAUAUGUAUAA